AUGGAAUCCAUAAUGAAGUUGUUGGUAGAUGAAAUGAAAAAACAAAAGCAAGUCGAGCCUGCUCCUGAACCGGUCAACCCAGCAAAAGAGUUGUUAAAAAUGCUAAAGAUUGUUGUAGGAGAGGAGGCGGAUGAGAAGGCAAGGGUGGCCACAGUGCCAAAGUCUGCAACGAAGUCUAGGUUUUGUGAUUGGGUGGCAAAUUAUGCUUUCCCGGAUGGUCAGAAGGUCGCUACCAUUGUUGGUACUUAUGAUGGUACUAGGGAUCCGGAAGAUCAUCUGGCAAUCUAUGAUCAGGCUGUGCUAACAGAAAAGUGGUUGGAACCCGUUGCUUGCCAUUUGUUCCCGGGCACCUUACAAGGUUAUGCCUUAGAAUGGUUCAAUAAGCUUCCUGAGAAAAGCAUAAAAGACUACCAAGACUUGAAGGAAAAGUUCAUAGCUCAGUUUGCUCAGCAAAAGAAGCGUCAAAGAAGUCACUUGGAAGCUCUCCUAAUCAAACAAAGAGAAAGCGAGCCACUAAGAGAUUUCAUCACAAGUCAACAAAUCUCAGGCUUCACCUUGGCACUGCUCCCUGGCCAACUCCAGGAUGAUCUAAGCAAGAGAAUCCCAUUGACAUUUAAAGAAGCUACUGAUACGGCGUUCGACUUCAUUCGCUCUAAAGAGACUGCCUCGCUAGUAAGAGGUAUCACAAAGAAAGAUAAGUCCAGAGGAGGAUUGGCUAAUGAGGAGUGGAGUCGACACGGACGGGAAGAGCAUCGGGAGGAACGUCUGGAUGAACGUCAGGAUAAAAGGUUUGGACCAUACAUCCAAGAUACACAAAUUGUUAACUUGAUCAAAUGCCCUAGAGAAAUUUUAAACACUGAGAUAGUGUGCGCUACUUUCAAGCCUCUAACCCCAAUGGCCUUCAAGUCUGGGAAAAAGAACAUGAAAAAAUAUUGUGAAUUCCAUGAAGACCAUGGACAUGACACUAAUGCAUGUAGACAACUAAAGUGGGAAAUCAAGAGGGCAUUGGAUGAGGGGAAGCUCGAGCACCUAGUCGCAGGAGCUAAGCAAGCAAAGAAGAACUUUGCUUGGCAAAGGAAAGUGGUGGAGGAGGAGGAUGAUCUAGGAGAGCCUGAAGGCCAUGUAUACAUGGUCCAUGAAUCUUUAACCUCCCUCCUUUGA